CAUGCUUGAUGAAAAGUGCAAUUUCCUCCCACUAUCGUUCUUUUCUCAGUCCUCUCUCUCCCGUACCGGCAGGGAGGCAGCGCCUCGCCACACCACAGCACCAAGGUGGCGGUCGGCCGGCCGGCCGGCCGGUGAGCUCCCCUCUCCGCGCCCUCCCUUGCGGUUGCGGCUGCCCCGGACGGGCUCCUCGCGGCUUGUUGGGAGUGGUAGUUUAAUAGCAGAUUCCUCCUGUCUCGUUUCCCGUCUCUCCUCCUCCCGGCUUCGCCCGCCGCCUGCGCCGAUCUCCCGCGAGCCAGGGGCCCUGUCGUCCUGCAUCCUCACCGUUGCCUUGGAACUUUGAGCUUUUCAAGAUGCCAAGGAGGACAGAAAAUGCUGCUUCUGCCAAUUCAGUUGAACCAACCAAACCAGAAGAAUGCUUGGAGUUUGAUGAGGAGGAGGAGGUAGAAGAGGAGGAAAUUGAAUAUGAAGAAAUUGAGGAGGAGGUAGAGGAAGAGGAGGGGGAGGAGGAGGAGGAGGAGGAGGAGGAUGAAGAUGAAGAUGUUGUGGAGGAAGUUGAGGAGGAAGAAGAGGAAUCUGAUGAAACUGAAGUUUCACGUGAAGUUGAUGCUAGACAUACCAGGGAAAGUAAAUUUAAAGGUGUUCACCAGAAGGAUGGUAUUGAAAAAGAAAAGUACGCUGAGCUUUUAGCUCUUCCUCCGCAUGGUUCUGAAGUAUAUUUUGGGGGCAUCUCCAGUGAUAUAUCUUCUGAAGAUCUGAAGAAAUUAUGUGAACCAGUUGGAGAAGUUGUUGAAGUGAGAAUGAUGAAAGGAAAGGACGAUAGCAGGGGAUAUGCUUUUGUUACUUUUAGAACUAAAGAUUUGGCAUUAGAGGCUGUCCGAGAAUUGAACAAUGCAAAACUGAAGGGAAAGCGUAUAAGGGUUUCUUCUUCCCAGGCUAAGAACAAGCUAUUCAUUGGGAAUGUACCCCACAGUUGGACACAGGAUGAUUUCAGAAAGGCUGUGGAGGAAGUUGGUCCAGGAGUAUUAAAAGCUGAUCUCAUGAAGGUCUCAAGUACAAAUCGCAAUCGGGGUUAUGGUUUUGUUGAAUACUACAACCAUGCAUGUGCAGAGUAUGCAAGGCAGAAGAUGUCUACCCCAACAUUCAAACUAGAUACAAACGCCCCUACUGUCAGCUGGGCAGAUCCUAAGAAUAAUGAUUCAGCCUCUACUUCUCAGGUGAAAUCUGUAUACGUCAAAAACCUGCCCAAGAAUGUUACUCAAGCACAGCUGAAAAAUCUGUUUGAGCGCCAUGGGGAAAUUACAAAAGUUGUUCUUCCUCCUUCAAGAGGAGGUCAUGAUAAUAGGUAUGGUUUUGUUCACUUUAAAGAUAGGUCCAUGGCCAUGAGGGCUCUGCAGAACACAGAGAGAUAUGAGCUUGCUGGUCAGGUCCUGGAUUGCUCACUUGCGAAACCUGCUGCUACUGAUAAGAAGGAUGAAAGAGUAUCACUGCCUAGUUCAAAUGGAGCUCCAUUGCUCCCUAGUUAUCCUCCACUUGGAUAUGGUAUCAUGUCGGUACCAAGUGCCUAUGGUGUUGCUCCUGCUAGUAUUACACAGCCCAUGCUGUAUGCUCCAAGAGCUCCUCCAGGUCCAGCAAUGGUUCCAAUGAUGUUACCGGAUGGCCGUCUCGUAUAUGUUGUACAACAGCCUGGUGGGCAGCUGCCGCUGUCUUCGCCUCCGCCACAGCAAGCUGGACGUCAUGGCGGCAGUGGAGGACGUCACGGCGGUGGCGGUGGCGGCUCCAGCGGUAGCAGGCCAGGUGCAAAGCGGCAGAGAGGAGAUGACACCAGCAGUAGCCGCAACAAAGGACGGCGCCGCCCGUACUGAUCUGAUCACCCUAGAUAGCUAGCACUUAGGUCUAGUGUCGUUGCAGAAAGUUACCAGCAAAUCUGGUAGAAAUAAUCUGUACUGUCUAUACUCGUCGAUUUGUUAGACUAAUGCGUCUUUAGAACAGACUUGGAAAUAAUAAUCUAUGCUGUCUGUACUCGUCGAUUUAUUAGAGUGCGUCUUUAGAACAGACUCAGACUGUACACAUUGCAGAUUGCUGAAGCUGGUGGUGCACACUGGGGCAAUAAGCCAGUAGCUGGCCUCUUAAGUAUUUGCUACUUGUGAUAAUUAAUCUGUUGUCUGUGACACGGGGAUCUGGUGUAGCAAUUUGUAAGGGAAAGCUACACAAUGAUGUACUGUUCCCACAU